CAGGACGCGAGCAGGUAGGCGUGGGUCGUUAGUAAGUUCAAUAGUCUCGAACUCGACGUUUUUGGCUUUUUCCAUCAUACUUUAAUAUGUACAUCUACUCAUCGAUCUCAUAAACAGAGAAGAUGACCAAAUGUUCCGUUUAGUGCGUACUUAGAUCUAUCAAUGUCUAAGAAGAAUCACACCGAGUGCUGGUGGAUGCACUUACUCAUUAAAUGUCAUAUGGGGUCUACUUGUAGUAGUAGAAGAUCCAACUCGUUGUGAAGUAGCUAGAGCUUGGCAUGUAGAAUGAUGGGCGUCGAUCCUCAUCGACCGGGACCGCGCUGGGACCAGGAUGGGGUCCCCGGAGCGAAUGAUACUUACAGUUACGCCGCCGGUGAUGCGAAUUCUUUCCCAAGCGGAAUCGGCCAGUCGUGGAAUCCGAACGACUACCCGCCGAGUGGAAACUCAGUCGGUGGCGUUCCAGGUGGCGUGCCGCCAGGCUAUUACGGCGGCGCAGGUGGGCCGAAUCUUCCUCCAGGUGCGCAAGGCGCCGGCCCGAAUUAUGCUGCAGGAGGGCCCCCUUCUUCAGGCAGUUAUGCCCAGACAUUGGGCCUAGGUUUAAAUGCUGGAGUGCUCGGAGGAGGCGUUGCGCCGCCGACGCAGACAUCAACUUCCGCUGGAGCAGGAGGGUCCUCCGACGUCCCCGCUGACGCGUUCGCAUGGCUCCACGAAAAGCGCAUUAGCUUGAUGAACUUUGAGGGCAUCGUCGAUGGAACGCCGAAAGAGUAUGUGGCGAAGACGGAGCUAACCCAAGUUCCAGCAUGGCGCGACUACAACGCAACCGCCAAGAGCAACUACCAGGAAGGCGGAAGCUCAGGUAGUUCCUCAGCAGGAGCGGGAGGAGCUGCGCCAGGAUCUCCAUUUCCGCCCGAUCUAGCGCUGAAUCAAAGGGUCCGGCUUUUUUGCGGCGACUUUUCCAGUCUCGAAGUGGAUGCAAUAUCGUUUGACUUCUGCCACCACUCCCUAACACGAGGAUCGGGAGGCAGGUAAUAUUCUUCUGAAGUUUUUACACAACUAGCCGUGUGAAGAAGAUCAAGAUGGCGAAAAGCCAUGAAGAUAUUGAUUUAUAAGUAUAUUAAGUCUUGUGAGCAUCUUUUUCUCCGAUGAAAAAGACAAAGUUCUAAUCCUGUGGAUUUUUGAUCUUCUUCUCGUCCCUCAUCUCUUCUCGCCCCUCAUCACGACUUCAGGUUACUUAGUUUAGGAGGUGGUAAAUUAGUAGAAGAAAUGCUAAAUCUGGACCGGAUGCGAAGCGGCGACGCGCAGAUAAUGAAAGGGAAUUUUGGAAAUCUGCACUGUAGGCAAUUAGUGCCUUUCUGUGGUCCAAAUUACAAGCCGAAGUACGUCACAGCGGCGAAAAACACCCUGUCCCAAUGUCUACGGAAUUGCCUCACCCUGUCCCACGAUCAAGGCCAUGUGAAGACUGUCGCCUUUCCAUGUAACUACAACUUAAUAAACUUUUUAUACCAUCUUUCUAUCUUCAUCAAUUCCACUUCAUUCAUUUUCAUCGGCAUGAUUGGCACUCGUGGAAAUCAAGGGAUUCAAGAAAAUGUUCAGACUAGGCACACAAGAGAUUAAAUUUUUCGUGUAUUAUGUUUUGCUUUCGUUCCACUUCCACGCACGACAAUUUGAUCACAGGUCAUUACUCGGUAGACAAGGCUUUUCCGCUAGAAGACUGCCUGCAUGUCGUCUUGCGAACACUGCGGCGGUGGCUGCCCAAGGUGAGCAAGGUUUCCACUGUCGUUUUGUAUACCGACAAUGUCCAAGAGUACGAGCUUUGCCAGGCUUUAUUGCAGCUCUACUUUCCGCGCAAUGUCGACGAUUCUCUUGCUGGUAUGGCUAUGGUGCAAUCCAAGUAUUUUCCGACCUACAACAACAAUAUUCAUGCUGGGACCACGACGGGGGAUGAUCCUGGAGGAGGUGUGCCAAUCUCGUUUUUUGGAACUGACGUGGGUGAAGAGGUCCAAGAGCAGGCGAGGCAGCUGAAAAUGCCAGCGCUAGUGCAGCAGAGGAAAGACCGCGACGACUCGGACAGUGAAGACGCUUUGGGAAACUCCUUUGGAAACGAGUUCGUCGGAGACUGGACCGAGAAGGAGGUCUCGCGUUUGGACGCGACACUCUGGGACGUGGAGUCGACGAAUGACCUGCAUCACAUCUAUUUGAGGUACUUGUUUGCCAGUACAUGGCAUUAUCAUUAUGUUGCAUGUUGUCCGUGGAGGUGAAUUUAGUGAAAAGUUCUCAAGAACAGAAAGAGUUUCUUGAAUUCUAAGGCCAAUGAAAUUGUUUGCUUUCUGAAAUGAACAGGUAUAUACGGGAAGCGGCGUCACCGCAGUAUCGCCCGACUAUGCAGGAGCUAGAUAAGUACAAUUUUUUAACCUACGCGGGAAAAGACAGUCUAAGCCGUGACAUACUGGUGUUCGCGGAAGCCCUCAUUCCAAUUGCGAGAUACGAGCAGGAAGUGCUCAUCCGGUACUUAUUUUCGGCGUUCAACAUCCUUUUACAACAAGCUUGUUGCAUCUACAUCCACCUUUUUUUAUCAAUCAAUGUCAAAAAAAUGUUGAAAUAGGGAGAGGAGGAAGCACUUCUUCUAGGUAAAAAUGGUUCUAUGUUGAUGUUCACACCAUGCUUGUUGCUAGCGUUUUGUUAAAAAUACAAGAACAAUGAACAACGAACAACAGGUACAUCGUAUCGAAGAUCGAGCCGUAUUCCAAUGGGAGUUUUCUGAUAGUGUACGCCCAUGGCGGAAUGAGCAGUGCCAACGCGAUCUUAGAGGUUUGGAAGGAGCUCAUCCGCAUCUCGCAAUUCAAAUACUCUCGAUGGCUCCAGAACUUGCUCGUCCUCCACCCCACGCUCUCUUUCAAAGCAGCCUUCGCCUUGCUCUCCUACUACAUUCCCGAUACGAUCUACGACAACAGUAUUUACUUCGAAACGAUAGGGGAACUGACGUCGUUUCUCAACUUCCCUGGUCUGGAGCUAGCGCCGAUCAUCAGGAGCUACGAACAAGAACGCAAUGCCAGUCUGUUCGGAAAUUGGUGGUAGAAGAGGCGAGCAGACACGAGAAGAAACGAGCCCAUGUGAGUGGGUUUACUACUACCACGCGUACUACUUAUAACAUUAACAUGCUGGACCUUGUUGUGCAUAGUGUUCAUCUUCGUUGUCGACAUCCUGCGUUUGGCGCUGUGUCUUCUGGAGAGGACCACUAAGAUAUCGCUAAGUUGGGAAGAAAACUUGUGACGCCGGAUUUUUAGACAGAAGAGAAGAGACGGAAGCCUUCGCAGGGAGAAGAUGCCGUUACCAGUGGGUCCUUCCUUUCGACUGCUAUGCUCACCAGUGCGCGCAAACUUGUAUCAUACCCCAAGAUUGGGUACACUACUACUACUACUAUACUUUUGGGCUGUACUAAAAGACAUUCCCAUUUCUUGGACGAGCUGCUUGUAUGUCGACACCAUAUUCCUCAUGUUGUGCCUCAUCUCAUUUUACUUCCCGUUCCUCCUUUGACCCGUUUGACACGCUGACAGCACGCCUUCGAUGCUCCCCUAUUCAUCUGGGGGCAGGUGAUGCGCCCCUCAUCUGCAGAUCUUCCCAGUUGUUGCCUGAGCCUUCCUUUGGAUGAGAAAGCAUUUUCCUUGAUAGCUAAAAUGUCAGCCAAUUCAAGCGCAGCAACAAUUUCAGGACAAC